AUGCGUCCUCUUACCGAACAAGAAACAAAGACCCUAUUCGAGAAGCUCGCCAAUUACACCGGCAGCUCUCUCAAGAACCUCAUCGCGCCGCUCGACGACUCCCCCAGCGCCGACCGCUACGUCUUUCGCCUGCAGGGCAACCGAGUCUACUAUGUCCUCCUCUCGACCGCCAACCUGGCCACGUCCAUGGCGCGCGACAAUCUGCUGUCUCUAGGAAUCUGUCUCGGCAAGUUUACCAAGACGGGCAAGUUCCGCCUGCACAUCACCGCCCUCCCCAUUCUCGGCGAGCACGCCCGCUGGAAGGUCUGGAUCAAGAGCAACGGCGAGAUGCCCUUCCUCUACGGCGGCAACGUCGUCAAGGCCCACAUCGGCCGCUGGUCCGAGGACUGCCCCGAGCACCAGGGCGUCGUCGUCUACAACAUGAACGACACGCCCCUCGGCUUCGGCGUCACCGCCCGCAGCACCGCCGAGUCGCGCCGCCUCGACCCGACUGGCAUCGUCGUCUUCCGCCAGGCCGACUGCGGCGAGUUCCUGCGCGACGAGGACAACCUGUUUGCGACUGGUUAA